AUGUCUUCAUCACACGCUAGCCUCAGCGCUGCCUCAGACGACCGAAAAGCUAGGCUCGCGAAGCUCAAGAACCUCAAGCGCAAGCAACCUGGAGACGAAAUUGUUGCACCAGAAUCAGAAAGAGCCCAAUCCCCUCCCGUAGAGCCAGAUGUCUCACGACUCCAUGUCUCUGGCCGCAACUACGACCCUGAAACCAGAGGCCCCAAGCUUGGCUUUGAGCAGGAUCCAACCCUCAAUCUUGACAAGCCAACGCUCGAAGAACAAGCUGCGGAAGUGGAAGCAGAGGUCAAGCAAAAGGCGGAAGAAGAAGCCCAAGACGAUCAAGGUGUCGAUUUAUUCAAGCUACAACCGAAGAAGCCGAACUGGGAUUUGAAACGGGAACUUGAUAGGAAAAUGGAGGUUCUCAAUGUUCGAACCGACAACGCCAUUGCGCGCUUAGUCCGUGAUCGUAUUACGGGUGCACAAAAGGCUGCCACGAAGAGAGACGCGGUCGUUGACGCUCAAGGCACUGGAGAAGCAACUGGUAUGGAUGGCGUGGCCUUGGUAGAAGGCUUGAGGGUCAGGGAGAAGGAGGAGGAGGAGGAAGAGCGUCGCGAACGGGAAGAAGAUGCUGCGCUAGGUGCAUGA